AUGCAAGGCUACAUCAAAUACACCAAAGACUGUGAUGACAACAAGUCGGAAUCCGCUCGUCUGCAUGAUCAGCACGAUGUGCUUUUGCACGCCAUGGGUGACCGAGCCAUUCUUGCUCCCGUCGACUUCUCUCGGCGAUACUUGCGAAUCUUAGAUUCCGGCGCCGGCGAUGGUCGCUGGUUAUUGGACCUGCGACAGUACUUGGACGCAAAUGGAGCCGACGCUGGCACCUACCAUUAUGUCGGGACCGACAUCAAUCCUAGUCUUUAUCCCAAGUCACCACCCCCACACAUUGAAUUUUUUAAUCAGUCCAUCCUUGAAUCUUUCCCAACUAAGUGGCACGGGACCUUCGAUAUUGUACAUCAGCGCCUAGUCAUGGCGGCAGUGGCGCCUCCAGCGACAACCAUUACCUCUGUCGUUGCCGAAUUAGGAGGCUUGCUCCGUCCUGGGGGUUGGUUGCAACUUGUGGAGCUUGACAAUGACUGUACCUCUGAGAAUGGGCCGGCGUUACGGCGAUUGUUGUAUUAUCACCAGCAGAAUUCGGAAGCAGGCGGCCUCGGCCCAAAUCUUUCGGUCCACCUCAAGACUGCCAUGGAAAACAUCGACCUUGAGAAUGUAAAGCAGCAUUCGGUAGACGUCUUUUACGGGGCGAAGAAUCGAGGAGGUGAGGACCUCAAGGCGAAGAGGGUAUGA